UGCAGACUCUACAUUGAAAUCAAUCGGCGAGAAAAGCCCAGGCAGGUUCUGAUUGGAUCUAGAUAACGGUAUUGGUUCUCUGGUUGGCUUUCAAGUGCUAUCUGUGACCUUGAAUGAGGCGUAUAUUGAGAGCUCGCACAGGGUACAAUGAGCUCCUCUCGCAAGUCGUCGAACAGGCCAAAAAAACGCGUUCUGGUACGAUGGGAUGGUAUAUAUACCUUUUUCUCUCUGCCUUCGACACUCAUUUUCUUGUCAACCCAUAAGCUAACAAUUGAAGAAAACCUGAACGAGCUUCUUCUCCUGACUGUACAAUCUGUUUGUAACAUCCAGUCCGUGAAGAUUCCAUGGACCGAGGUUGCCAGCACCAUGGGACACAAUGUCACCGAGGGAGCUAUCAUCCAGCACUUGGCAAAGCUUCGCAGCCGUAGGGUUGCUGCUGGCAAACCUGUGCCUCCGCCCCUGCGACGUGGCGGCCUUGGUGCCCCGAGCAAACCAACUGAAGCGACAUCAGGCAAGAAUACGCCAGACAGCAAGCCUCAGCGAGUCACCACAGGAGCGAAGGACAAUGGUGAGACGGGAGCAAGUGAUCUCGCGGACGUAGACUCAUCUUCGGAUGAAGACUAUGUGGAGGGAAGAGCAUCCAAGGCACGCAAGAAAAAAACCAACACGGCCGGCUCACGGGCCCGACGUAAGCGCAAGCCCAUUGUCAAAUUAGAACGCGACACUGAUGGGUAUGACUCGGAUGAAGAAGAUGAAGACGACAGUCUCUUGGUCCCUGGCGCGGAGUUUCUUGAUUGCCCGAAUAGCAUGAGCUCACCCCCCGAGCGUCAGGUGGGGGGCCCGAAAGAUAACCAACCCAGGAAGAUAAUCGUACUCAAGUAUGCAAAACCUACCAAUCAAGCUUCUACUGGUGACAUCUCGGAGCCUGUCUUGGGUUCGACGUCUAAUGAUGCUUUCAUUGCAUCGGGCUAUACAUUGCAACAGCAACCUGCAGGGGCUAGUCAGUUACCAAUUCAGAGCCAAGCCCCCUCAGCCAACCUAUCUGAAACUUUCUAUCAGAACGCUGUGUCCUCGGCGGACAGCUAUAUGCACUUACAGCCUGGUGAUUCUGGACACCAUCCCUCAACCCUCUGGUUCAACGACGCUACUCUUGGAUAUCCCAAUGCUGUUUACCACGGGCUUUCCAAUCCUGAUCUGGAUAUCGAUUUCUCUGGAAACCAUAUGAGUAACACAGACCAGCAAUUCGAUCAUUUGCUUGGCUUUGACGAUGAUUUGGUAGGCUAGUUGUUGUCACUCCGGAUGACGCUCUUGACAUACCAGCACUUCAAUGUCUCCUUUUGUAGCGAGACUUCAAUGACUUGGUGUCUUUCUUAUCGUACAACCAGGCACAGCUCAACAUUUUUUCAUGCUCGUCUCUGGCAAUGAU